AUGGGUUUCCUUGGGAUGCUUAUGCAAGUCAUCCGGGUUGGUGUGAUAUUAUCAGCAACAAUGGCAGCUGCAGCAAUAGCGUUUCCAAUAGCCCUGCCUGAAUGCCCCGACAUAUGUGGAAAAGUUAAAAUUCCAUAUCCAUAUGGCACAACUGAAGGUUGUUACCUCAAUGAUACUGCUAUUUUUGGGUAUUAUUUUAUCAAUUGUACUACCAACACUAAUGGCCAACCUCAACCAAUGAUUGGAAACCUUAACGUUACAAGCAUCUCCAUGGAAGGUGAGAUUGACAUCCAGAUAUAUAACUCCAUUGACUGUUACGAAGAGUCAGGUAGGUCUUUGCCAAAAAAAACACCAACACUUAACCUCCCCAGUUUCACAGUUUCUGCCACCAAAAACAAGUUCGUGGCUGUUGGGUGUGACACUUACGCAUACCUUAACGGUUAUCUGAACGAUCAACCCUUCACCAUCGGCUGCCUGUCCUAUUGUCAAAACAUAAGCAAUGUAGUCAAUGGGACGUGCUCCGGAAUUGGGUGUUGCGAGAUUCAGAUUCCUGAAGGAUUGAAAAAUGUUGAUUUCACAGCAUAUAGCUUUAACGGCAACCACACAAAAGUUUGGGAUUUCAAUCCAUGCAGCUUUGCCUUUAUUGUCCAAGAAGACAAGUUCAAUUUUUCCUCGGGUUAUCUUACCAGUUUGCGAAACAAUUUAACCCUUCCGAUGGUUCUCGAUUGGACAAUUGGUAACGAGACAUGUAAAGUUGCUCAGAACAAAGCGAAUUACAUAUGUGGAGCAAAUACCACAUGUUCUGAUCUCAACAACGGGUCUGGGUACCGUUGCAAGUGCAAAGACGGUUACGAAGGGAACCCAUACCUCGAACAGGGUUGCCAAGACAUUAACGAGUGUGAUGCUAAAGAACUCAAUAACUGCACAAGACAUCAAUCUUGCGUCAAUGAACUGGGAAGUUAUCAUUGUUCGUGCAUCAAAGGGUAUCAUUCGGAUGGGGAGGGUAACGAUUAUAACAUCCUUGUCAUUGUAUACUCAUCAUAUACACACUGUCAUAUGGAUUAA